CUAAAGAUCCGCCACUUCAUCGAGUCAGAACAAUCAAGCGCUGGUUGCCAUCGCCAGCUUGGUUUUCCCCAGUGGUAUAUAUCUCACAGUGAAGCCUUGGAAAUAGCAUAUGUGAAAUUUCUUAGACACCAGCUGUCAAUCAGGUCGAGGUCUGCUGAUAUCGCUCCAUCAAGCCGCACAAUCCACCUCAUUCGCCACCCAUGACAUCGACACCACCCAUGCGGAAAAGGGUGGAGAAAUACAUAGAUGGGCUGCAGGAGCAGAUAGUAUCCGAGCUGGAAAACUUGGACCAGACAGCUCUAAAGUUCCGCCGUGAUGCGUGGAUACGGCAACAAGGAGGGAGAGGCCUGUCAUGCGUCUUCGCAUGUUCCCCCGAGUCGGGGAGGACCACCUCGUCUCUCGAGACCGUACUCGAGAAGGCUGGAGUGAACGUCUCCGUCGUACACGGGAUGCUCCCACCAUCCGCAAUCAGGGAAAUGCGCUCCGAUCAUUCUUCGAUCCCUUACGACGGUAAAUCAAGCCUGCCCUUCUUCGCUGCAGGCAUCAGUCUCGUCAUCCACCCCAGGAACCCCUUCGCACCAACCGUGCAUGCAAACUAUCGCUACUUCGAAAUCACUGAAUCACCUGUCGAGGGAGACGAGGGUCCACCCAAGGUCGUCGCUUGGUGGUUCGGCGGAGGUUCGGAUCUGACUCCGAGCUAUCUCAACGAGUCUGAAGUGAAACACUUUCACCGGACUCUAAAAGAGGCUUGUGAUCAGCACGGUAGCGAACUUUACCCCGCUUUCAAAAAGUGGUGCGACGAAUAUUUUUACAUCGUCCACCGUCAGGAAACUCGAGGAGUUGGAGGGCUGUUCUUUGACGAUCUCUGCUGUGAGAAGCAUACACGCCGCGCUACUCCGGACGAAAUAUUCUCAUUCAUUCAGAGCGUCGGAAACGCUUUCAUUCCUUCUUACAUCCCCAUUCUUAAAGCCAACGCAUUCAGACGUUACACGGAGCACCACCGCCGAUGGCAACUCCUGCGCAGGGGCCGUUACGUGGAAUUCAACCUGGUAUAUGAUAGGGGUACGAGAUUCGGACUAAAGACUCCAUCAGCUCGUAUUGAGAGCAUUUUGAUGAGUCUGCCGGAGACGGCAAGGUGGGAGUAUAUGUCAGAUCUUGGGGUAAGCGAAGAGAGCGAGGAGGGGCUCCUCGUUAAUGUUUUGAAGGAGCCGCGCGAAUGGGUGUAGCAAGAAAUUUCUCGUCUGCGCCACGUAUGAAAGAUAAGACACCGUUGUGUUACUACCUCUUUGAGAUCGUUCCCAGGUUUGUAGCAUUGGUAUGUACCAAAUCGAUACAAUUUUCCUCUUGCAUACGUAGAGUAGGAAUAAAUUACCAUCGCUGGCAGCCAAACUGACUCGCCCGAGUAUGAAUAUCAUGACGUCCCCACGAUACACAUUAUUCAAC